UCAUAGUAAGAUAAGGACACAGAAGAUUUUAUAAGUUUUAUAAUGUUGAGAAGAUGAUUUUUGCCCAGGAUUUAAUCAAAAUAAUAUAUUUACAUUUGUUGUGUAUUUCCAGUGCUUCAACUUCAAUAAAUCUUGCUGAAGGAAGAGACACCAGGCAAAGUUCUACACUCAAUGGAAAUGGGAGUGGUUUGGCUGUAGACGGUAUAUACACGACAUGUGCUAGUACAAACCAACGAAGGGAAAACAGUCUAUUUUGGCAACUGACACUUACUGAGAACUCUACCAUUACACACAUACGUUAUGCUUACUACUAUGAUGACCAAGAUGUCAAGUAUUUACUUGAUACCAGAAUAUACGUAUCCAGCUCUACGGGACUGAACUCUGGACAGCUGUGCUAUACGGAAAACAGAAACCCAGAUGACAUUGAUCCAAUUCAAACCAAAGUAUAUUGUUUUACACAAGGGAAAUAUGUCACGUAUUUUAAUCCAGAUCGUCGUAUGAACAUCAAACUGUGCGAGUUUGAAGUAUUUGGCUGUCCGAUUGGUCGAUAUGGAGAUACAUGUUCCGAAAGUUGCAGUUCUAACUGUCUUACUCAGCCUUGUGAACCAGAUUUUGGACGAUGUACUGAUGGAUGUAAAUCAGGAUAUUCAGGAGAGAGGUGUUCAUCUCAGUGUAUGCCUGGGUUUUACGGACCAAACUGUGUAUUGGCAUGCAGUAUGACCUGUCUAAACAAUGAAUGUGACAGUGUAAAUGGAUCAUGUGUACAAUGUGAAGAUGGAUUUGUAGGAGCAAUGUGUGAUUUUAUGGGACCAGCCACAGAUUCGUCUGUAUUUAUAGAUUUGUAUACAGUUAAUGCAUCAGAAACGAAGUACUGGAUAGUCAUAAUAGUUCUAGCUCUGGCACUGAUACUGCUUAUUGUUGUUAUUGCUUAUUUCAAGUGUGGAUCAAGAAAAACUAGCGUGAAGAAAGAAAAAAUAAAAUCAAAGUUAAGCCACGUGUCUUACGAAAACUCUCCCCGUCUUUCCCCACCACAAAACAACGUAGUAGAUUACGAUUCAGUCCAGUACGAACCAUUCCAGGAAAAGGAUAAUAGAAAAUCAGCUUUGUAUGACUUACCUGUGACGAAAACGCCACCAAAACAGGUUGUGAAUGGAACAGCAAUAAAUAAAACAAGCUUUCCCAUUAGUAAACAAGGGGUCAACAAACCAAUGACUCCUAAAAAGCCUAUUAAACAGGUGGUCAACAAACCAAUGCCACCUAAAAAGCCUAUUAAACCUCCAAAGAGUCUAGUUAAAGAAUUUAGCAGUGCAUAUGAGGGUUUGCAGAGUACAGAACACAAACAUAUUUACGAUUCUUUGAAUCAGUGACGUAUACCUAUAUAUAUGAUGCAUUUAAUACAGACCCUUAUUUAUUGUUUUAAUUUAUGUAGAGAGUCAGAUUUCAAACAAUUAUUGAUGUUUUAAAGCAAAAACAAUGAAUCGGUUAGCUGAUUCCUUUUGAAUCGCUGCUGUGUUAAUAUGAUGUGGAUGCAAACACUUUUUUUUUAUUUUUUAUCUAUGACGUAAGUUACUGGUUUGACAUUUUCGCUGCCCGUAAUGUGCAUACAUGUAAUCAUCUCUUAGACUAGAACAUUAACAUCAGUGUGAAGUGACACUGAUGCGAUUGAUUUUGACUAGAAUUUGUAUACACUCUUAGUAUGUUAUGGUUAU